GCAAGAAAAUGACAAGAGCAUAAAGCAUUAUAAUUCAACGGGGCUCCUCCUACUAGCCAUGCCUUUUAAUUAAUGGAGCUCCCAACUUGCAAAAGCCUGCAUUGGACAGAAAGAGAGUCAAAGAGUGAAAGGGAGAGGGUGAAAGUGCCACUGAAGAUAAUUGAUUACCUCCCAAUCAACAAUAACUUGUUAGCAAAAGUCAAUUGCCCCUACUCCUUAGCUUCACCAUACUGGGAGAAGCAGCUUUGUUUCUUGUACUGCAAGAGUUGAGGCCGACACAUUUUUUCAGAGGCGAGAGGAAGGAAGGCAAAAGUAGGACUACGAAAAAUACAAACUGGCAACUCCGAGGAUUCGAGUCACAGAAAGCAGAAAAGAAGCAAUUCUCUUACUUUGAGCGUCGGUUUAUCGAAUCACAUUCACUUCGCCAGCGGACUUUUGAGAUUUGGUUUGGGCUUAGGUUCUCUAAGUUGGUUUGUGAAUUUUUUGCAAAGGACCUUCGAAUAAAAUUAAAAAAAAAAACAUUUCUAAAAUGACUUCAAAAGAGGAUGCAAAGGGCUCACCGGUGCCAGAAAGACGACGGAGUCCGUUGGAUCACCUUCCACCUCCGGCAAACUCCAACAAACCUUUAACCCCAUUCAGUAUAGAAGACAUCCUUAACAAGCCUUCCGUUAGACGAAGUUACACAAUUUGUGGGACUGCUCACCUUCUCUCAGCCGCCGAGAAACACCCUCCUCCCGGUCUACCCCUGUCCAGCCGGGCAUUGCUCACACAGACCUCGCCAUUGUGUGCCCUCGAAGAGCUGGCCAGCAAGACAUUCAAAGGACUAGAAGUGAGCGUCCUUCAAGCGGCCGAAGGAAGGGACGGAUUGACAAUUUUUGGUCAGAGGAACACUCCUAAGAAACGAAGAAAGUCUCGCACCGCAUUUACAAACCACCAGAUUUAUGAACUAGAGAAGCGUUUUUUGUACCAGAAGUAUUUGUCUCCAGCUGACCGAGAUCAGAUCGCUCAACAGCUCGGGCUGACGAACGCACAAGUUAUCACCUGGUUCCAGAACCGCCGAGCUAAACUAAAGCGGGAUUUAGAAGAGAUGAAAGCGGACGUGGAGUCGACAAAAACCAUGGCACCGAUGGAAAAACUGACCACAUUCAUAGACCUGGAACAGAACGCUUCUGGGACCAGGAGCUCGUCCCGGUCCCAAUCUCCAUCGCCUUCCAACCACGGACUCGAUACCCCAAGCAAACAUCAAAUGUCGCCAUCAUCUCCACUCACGGACCACGCCACGAGUCAAGAGGGCUCAGAGGACGAGGAGGACGUGGAAAUAGACGUGGAUGACUGAAUUUCACGCUCAAAUAUCAUUAAAUCUUGAAUGACUUCUUAAAAUAAAGGAAAAAAAGACAAUAUUUUAAAGCAAGCAUGGACGAUAUAUUAGAUGCUGUGCUCGGUCUACAAACUUUAGGUGUAAUAUGUUGAAAAAUAUCUAACCAAGGCAUUUAUUUUUAAUUAAAGCAAUAAGCUGCACACACAGAGACAGUCGUUCAUUAUAUAUACGAAUUGCCGGAUCAGGCAGUUUUCAUUUUCUGGAAAAGUGCAAUUGAAUGAUUUAUAUCAACACAAACAAAGAUACCUGACGAAAAAAUUUCGUACACGGUUUGUAUGUGUGUGUAAACAGGAUUAAGCGGGUAUUGAAUUAACACGAAAAUCGGGGGUUGCUUGAUAUGUAACAUGUUACACACAUACAAAGCCUUGGUGGUGUUUUAUCGAACAUAAAACUGAAUAUUUUUUAAGUUGCUGAGCUUUAAGUUGGAUUGAAUUAAAUUUAACAUUCUGCAUGAGGUGUGUAGUAAGUAUUCUUAUCUUCUACAUUUAUCAUUAUCUUUUUCUUAUGUUAUUGUUGCAAAUUAUGUGCGCAUAUAUAUAUAUAUAUAUAU